AUGGGACUUAGAGGGAAACCUGGAAAGAAGGAAGAGUCUGUGGCUGUGGCAGUAGACAAGGACAAAGGCAGUCAGCAUGCUAUCAAAUGGACUGUUGAUAAUCUUCUCAGCAGGGGCCAAAAUCUCACAUUGCUCCAUGUCAAAGGAACUGCAUCUCACCACCAUAACCACCAUCACCACACCGGGCAUGGGACAGAGGAGGCCGGAAAGGUGCACCAAUGCCAAGCUGAUGCUCAAGCCAAAGAACUGUUUCUUCCAUUCCGCGGCUAUUGCACCAAAAAGGCUAUAAAAUGCCAUGAGAUCAUAAUUGAGGACACUGAUAUAUCUAAAGCCCUCGUCAACUAUGUUACCACUAAUUUAAUUGAGAUUUUGGUGCUUGGCACACCAUCAAAGAAUGGUCUUUUCAGGUUCAUGACCACGGACGUUCCAACCACUGUGUCGAAAAAGGCACCCGACUUUUGCACGGUGUAUGUCAUUGGCCGGGGAAAAAUCUCAAUUGUGCGAUCCGCUACUGGUUCAGUACCUGAAAGAGUCUCACCACCACCUCAAGAAAUAGUGCAUCACUCCAGCAAAGCUUCUGAAUCUUAUCCACAAAUGAUGAUGAGCAAUCAUAAACCCAGAGCACCAGAAAGGACACAGUUUUCAGCCCGCAGGCAUCCGAACGAAAACGAAAUCAUGUCACCUUUCAGCAGAGGAAACUCUGCACUGAACAAAUCAUAUGAGCUUCCACCGGACAGUGAUAUAUCUUACGUAAGCAGCGGAACGCCAGGCAGGGAUCACAUGUUUCCUUCAUUCCAUGACAGCAUGUCAUCAGGAAUGACCUCGCGUUUUUCAAUCAACUCCGAUUUGGACAGCAGAAGCUCCACCUCUUCGGCAUCUUACUCUGGAACCAAGUUUAUCGACAUGAGCUCUCUGCAACAUGAUUUCUCAUCACCACUUCGUAAUUUCUCAUCACCGCAACAUGAUUUCUCAUCAAGCUCAUUUGAAAGUGGAAACUCGUGGUCAUCGUCACAGAAUGCGGAUGAUGUGGACGCCGAGAUGAGGAGGCUCAGGCUAGAGCUCAAGCACACAAGGGAUAUGUACAAUACAGCCUGCAAGGAGGGAGUCACAGAAAAACAUAAGGCAAGGGAAGUCAACCGAUGGAAAUUGGAAGAAGAACUGAGAUUAGAAGAGGUACGAAUAGUUGAGGAAGCUGCAUUGUCACUUGUAGGGAAGGAGAAAGCAAAGUAUAGGGCUGCCAUGGAGGCAACAGAAGCAGCUCAAAGGAUUGCUGAAUUGGAAACACAAAAAAGGAGAAAUGUAGAAUUGAAAGCCCUUAGAGAAGCUGAACACAGGAAGACGGCGCUAGAAUCAAACGCAUAUGACCUCAGGUACAGGAAAUACACAAUUGAGGAGAUUGAAACAGCAACAAACGAUUUCUCAGCGGGAUAUAAGAUUGGGGAAGGAGGCUAUGGGCCUGUAUAUAGAGGUGAGCUCGACCACACACCAGUGGCAAUAAAAGUUCUACGGCCCGAUGCAGCUCAUGGAGAGGAGCAGUUCAAGAAAGAGGUUGAAGUAUUGAGUUGCAUAAGACAUCCAAACAUGGUUCUCCUUCUUGGGGCAUGUCCAGAAUUUGGUUGUCUGGUCUAUGAGUACAUGGCUAAUGGGAGCUUAGAAGACCGUCUCUUCCGGCGAGGUAACACGCCAGUUAUUCCUUGGCAGUUAAGGUUCAGAAUUGCCGCAGAAAUUGCGACAGGGCUUUUGUUCCUUCAUCAGACCAAGCCAGAACCCCUUGUCCACCGUGACCUAAAACCAGGAAACAUUUUGCUAGACCAUAACUAUGUGAGCAAGAUCAGUGAUGUAGGUUUGGCCAGGCUUGUUCCUGCAUCGGUUGCCAAUACUGUGACUCAGUAUCACAUGACAUCAACAGCCGGAACAUUCUGUUAUAUCGACCCAGAGUAUCAGCAAACAGGACUGCUUGGAGUAAAAUCUGAUGUCUAUUCACUUGGGGUCCUGCUUCUACAAAUAAUAACUGCGAGACCACCAAUGGGUUUGACUCAUCUUGUUGAGGAAGCUAUUGACACAGGGGCUUUUGCUGAGGUGCUUGACCCUGCUGUUUCUGACUGGCCUAUUGAGGAAGCCUUGAAGUUUGCCAAGCUUUCUUUACAGUGUGCUGAAAUGAGGCGAAAAGACAGACCAGAUCUUGGGAAGGUUCUUCUACCGGAGCUUAAUAGAUUCAGAGAAUUUGGUCAAGAUAGCCUGAAUCGGCUCAUGUUUGGCGGUAGCCAAGUGUUCUCAGAAAAACAAGGCGCAAUGUCCACAAGACAAGAUGUGAUAAGUGACACCAAUCUAACACAUUCAGGAUAUGAUAGCUCAAGGAGUCAGUCAAGCGCAUCAUCUUAUGCGGGAAGAAGAAUGUUAUUCUCGGAUUUAGAAUGA